AUGAAGAAGUUCUACGGGCUCACGGGCACGGGGCUGAAUAUUGCUAUUGCUGUUGUAGCUGGUACGGAUUUCGCGCUUUUUGGAUAUGAUCAGGGUGUCAUGGGCGGUCUCUUGACCCUAGGAUCUUUCCUCAAAUACUUUCCCGAAAUUGACACCGUUAAUCCACCUCCUGGGAGCAGUCCAAGCCAUGUAGCAACUAUCCAAGCCAUCACUGUCGGCGCAUAUACUCUCGGAUGCUUCUUCGGCGCGGUAGCCACCAUCUGGCUAGGCAACAUUCUCGGACGCAAACGCACAAUCUUCAUCGGCUCGGUCAUUAUGAUCAUUGGUGCUAUCUUGCAAACUGCUUCUUUCGGCCUCGCACAACUGAUUGUUGGGCGAUGGAUCACAGGCUUUGGAAACGGCAUGAACACGAGUACAGUACCCACGUGGCAGUCAGAAACCUCGAAACCCCAUCGCAGAGGCCAAAUGGUCAUGAUUGAAGGCUCAUUGAUUGUCUUCGGCGUGAUGCUAAGCUACUGGAUAGAUCUGGGCUUUUCUUUCCUCGAGCCCAGCAGUAUCGCUUGGCGAUUCCCAAUCGCAUUCCAGAUCAUCCUCGCCGUCUUCAUCCUCAUUGCCAUUCCCGGUCUUCCAGAGUCGCCUCGAUGGCUCAUUCUAAAGGGCCGCGACGAUGAGGCUUUGGACGUACUUGCCGCUUUGAGCAACGCAUCUCGCGAGGACAAGAAGAUCAAGGCAGAAUUCCAAGCUGUCAAGGACGUCGUAUUUGAGAUGUCCAAGGGCGGAUUCAGGGAGUGCUUCAAGAUGAACCGGAAUCGCAACUUCCAUCGCACUGUCUUGGCUUAUGUCAAUCAGAUGUUCCAGCAGAUCUCCGGUAUUAAUCUUGUCACGUAUUACAGCGCGACCAUCUUCGAGAACAGUAUCGGUCUCUCGCCUUUCCUCAGUCGACUUCUGUCCGCCUGCAACGGAACUGAAUACUGGAUGGCAUCUUGGAUCGCCAUCUUCACCAUUGAGAAAUUCGGUCGUCGCCCACUGAUGUUAUUCGGCGCGGCCGGCAUGGCCAUGUCCAUGGCCGUCCUCGCUGGCACCACAAGUUCGAUCGGCAGCUCCAGCAUGGGUCUCGCUGCCACGGUCUUCCUCUUUGUGUUCAACUCGUUUUUCGCCAUCGGAUGGCUGGGCAUGACAUGGCUCUACCCCGCCGAGAUUACACCAUUGAGCAUUCGCGCGCCAGCAAACGCCAUCGCGACUACAGCGAACUGGGCUUUCAAUUUUAUGGUUGUAAUGGUAACGCCGGUCGCGUUCGCCAGCAUCGGCUACCAGACCUACAUCAUCUUCGCCGUAAUUAAUCUCGCCAUGGUGCCGUCAGUGUACUUCUUCUUCCCUGAGACCGCUGGUCGCAGUCUGGAGGAGAUGGAUGAGAUAUUCCACAAGACAACACGUGUCUUCAGUGUUGUCAAGAUUGCACAUGAGUUGCCCCAUAGAUAUGGCAAGAAGGGAGAACUAUUGGUCGACUAUGAAGAUACAGAGGCGGCGAGAGAAACAGAAAGGAGAAGAAGCUCGGUGACCGGUGCCGAAGCCGGAGUGGGUAGGGGCGGCAUACUCGCACAGGAUGAGGACAAGAACAUUAGGGAACACCAUGAGAAGGCAGAUGCCAAUGGUUUGUAG